AUGACCGAAGACUCAUCCCAUUCGCCGUAUUCCGACUGGUCUAAUACCAGCCUCAUAAAUCGAAUUCAUGAACUGGAACGGCAGUUAAAUCAAUGCCCUCAGAACGCCGCCUCUAUCCCUAGCACUGAGUGCCAAAAAGUCGACAAAGGUCUAGGUCAGCCGGAGAGAACACCCACUAAUAGUCGACCCCGCGAACGAUCCACGAGCUUGAACCCUUCUCGAAAGUCGGAUAAGAAACGCCGCAAAAUUGACCCUUCAAAAUAUUCGACUCGCCAUAUUGCCAUUAAGUUUGCCUAUCUGGGGAAACGAUACAAUGGAUUAGAGCAUGCCAAUGGCAAUUAUACUGAGGCACCAACAAUUGAAGAGGAACUCUGGAAGGCUUUGCGAAAGACUCACCUUAUAUUCCCGACUCAUAAAGACUGUACUGAGGAGUUUAGCGGAAAGGAUAACAGUCCUUCUCGCCCAUAUGCAAUACACUGGGAUGGGUGCCAAUACUCUAAAUGUGGUCGGACGGACAAAGGAGUCAGCGCGUUUGGGCAGGUGAUAGGUAUCAGAGUGCGAAGCUUACGACCCGCGGACCCAAACCCCCCUGCUGACUUAGAAGAAGGGGAUGUUAUGGAUUCCGACGUUGCAACCGAAUCGGGUAUGGGCGAUAGAAAUACACAAAGUGGUGUCUCUGAUACAGGAGAAGCCAAGGGAUGGGAUGAUAUUGCAGACGAAUUACCCUAUAUACAGAUCUUGAAUGGCGCUCUACCUGAGGACAUACGAGUUCUUGCGUGGUGCCCUCAUUUACCUCCUGAUUUUGACGCACGCUUUUCAUGUCGCCAAAGAAGGUACCGUUACUUUUUUACCCAGCCCGCAUUUUGCCCGACUCCCGGUGCUAGAGGCAUCGUCAGAUCUUCUGAAUUGAAAGAUGAUUUAUCUUUAGCGAGGCUAAGAGAAGGAUGGCUGGAUAUAGAAGCUAUGCGGGAAGCAGCACAAUAUUUUGUGGGCAGUCAUGACUUUCGAAAUUUCUGCAAAGUUGAUACGAGCAAGCAAAUAACAAAUUUUGUGCGGCGUAUUUUACGUGCGGAUAUAGAACUCGUGGACCCUCAGAGAACCCCGCUUGGCUUUGUGCAAAUGCCUGGGUUUGAACCUUUUGAAAACGGCCCUAGAAAUACCGGGGUCCCCGAAAGCAUUGAUGAUAUCAACCCAGCAGCCGGCAAAGUGUAUUCAUUCACAGUGCACGGUACAGCAUUUCUAUGGCAUCAAAUUCGUCAUAUGGUUGGAAUCCUAUUUCUUGUUGGCCAAGGCCUUGAACAUCCAUCUAUAGUUCCUGAGCUAUUAGAUGUCACAAAAAACCCGCGACGGCCGGUGUAUGAGAUGGCUUCAGACUCCCCUCUUGUUCUCUGGGACUGUAUAUUUGGAGAAGAAGAGGAUGAAUUAGAUUGGGUCUACCCAGGUGAUCCACGAACUUUGAAAUCUCCGUCGCGCAGGACAGAUGGCAAUUUUGGUCAAGGUGGUCUCGUUGAAGACUUGUGGACCCUCUGGAGGAAUAGAAAGAUCGAUGAGUUGCUGGCUGGUACAUUGUUGGAAUCCAUGGCGAAUCGAGGUCAGUCAAUUGCUGCUUCGAAAGGAGAUGACCAUCCGUCAAAUCAGGUACAAACAGCCCGGAGUCCAAGGGUUUUUAGUGGAGGAGAUAAUGGGAAACCCGUUGGAAAACAUGUCCCACUGUUGAACAGAACAAAGCUUGACCUUGUCGAGGACAUGAAUGCCCGGUAUCUGUCAAAAAAAGGGCACAAGUAUUGGAACAAGGUCCUAGAAUACCAGGAAGAGCAGCGGAAAGCGGCACUUGAUGGCGAAUGA